AACUUUUUGAACCACUGCUGCACUUCUGGUGAAGGUGAUCCCACAGUGCUGUUGAGGAGGGUGUUUAGGAGCCGAGAGCAAGUUUUUCGUUGUACCUGUACCUGGGUGUGAAGUCAACUGAAGAAAUGCUUGAUCCGGUGAAAGCUUCCAAGAAGGGUGCCAAGAAAGCCUUGCCUAAAUCAGCAGGCAAAGCAGGCAGGAAGGUGAGGAAGGAGAGUUAUUCCACCUACAUCCACAAAGUGAUGAAGCAGGCUCACCCCGACAGCGGCAUCUCCUCCAAGGCCAUGAGCAUCAUGAACUCCUUUGUGAGCGAUAUUUUCAAGCACAUCGUGGGCGAGGCUUCCCGCCUGGCCUAUUACAACAAGCAGUUGACCAUCAGCUCUCGGGAGACCCAGACUGCAGUGCGCCUGCUGUCGCCUGGGGAGCUGGCCAAGCACACCGUGUCGGACGGGACCAAGGUGGUGACCAAAUACACCAGCUCCAAGUGA